AUGGACAGGUACGCCAAACGCUCCUUCGCCUCCUGCUGCUCUCCUUCUCUCGCUCUCCUGCUGCUGCUCUCCUGCUGCUUCUCCCUCUCGCUUCCUCUCCUGCUGUUGCUCUCCUGCUGCCUUGCAUGUGCUAUUUACCCACCGUUGCUCGCCUACCCAUUUACGUACACGCUGCACUUUUAUCCUGCCACCCAUCUCCACAUUUUUUACCUACUGACCGCCAACGCUAGCAGCGGAAGCGGUAGCGAGUCAGGGAGCGAGAGUGGCAGCGAGAGCGAGAGAGAGAGCGGGCAGGAGGGCAGGAUGGCAGGGCGCACCCACACGGUCGUGGAUAGCAGCGAUGGCAGCGAUGGCAGCGAUGGCAGCGAUGGCAGUGCUGGGAGUGAUAGCAGUGACAGCAGUGAUGGGAAUGAUGGGAGUGCGAGUGCAAGCACAGGGGGCGGUGACGCGAUGAGCAGGCAGAGCAGCAUGAGUGAGUCGCACAGCCGCCUGCUCGCCCUCCUCUCGCCCUCCACGCCUACUACGCCCAGCCCCAGCCCAAGUCCGAGUAGUUUGUUUUGGGGAAGCAGCAGGGCGAGAGCGGGUGGGCUCACGGGCGAGGGGAAGGACAGUGGCGCGGUGGUGCAGGGCAGGGAAGGACCAGAAGCAGGUGGGGCUGAUGUGCCCAUGGCAGCAGCAUCGCUGGCAGAUGCUGCUGGGGCAGUGGCAGCGGGUCGUGCUGACGGGGAUGGCAGUGGGGCAGGGGGGGGCGGCAAGGAGAUAUUUGUGGUGUCGGACGGCACGGUGUGGGCGGCAGACAGGGCGGUGGAGGCGGCAGUGGGGCUGCUGGACUGCGGGCUGGCGGGCGGCCGAUGCUCCGUGCAGACCAGACUCUACUCGCAGGUACGGGGGAGGGGGAGACUGGUGGCGGUGCUACCUGGUGUGUCACGUUCCCUUCCUGUCUCUUCUCACCCUCCGUUUACCCAUCGCACACGCCAUGUCCCCUCCCUCAUCCUUCCUGCAAUGCACACAAAAGGCGGCACAGUUCGCUCCGUCAUCAUCGCCACGUGCCAGCCCAGCGCGCUCUCUCUCUCUCUUCACAUGGGCCGGGCCCCGUGUGCACCGCCUCCCCGCACGGGUACCAAAUGCGCCGAUGUGCGAGCCAGGGGACGUGGCGGUGGGGCGGCUGGCAUGUGCAGGUGGAUAAACUGGCCUGCUCCCCUCUUUCCUCCCUCUCGCCCCGCCCCUCAGGUCACAGACACGGCGUCUCUCCUCGCCAUCAUCCACACGGCCGCAGCAAGCGGUGCACUCCUCGUGCACACUCUCGCCGAUCCUGCUCUGCGCCACACCGCCACGCACACAGCAGCAGCACUGCACGUGGCAGCAGUGGACCUACUGGGGCCCCUGCUGACGGCUGUGAGGGAGCACAUGGGUGUGGAUGCAGGCGGAGCGGGGCAAGGCGAGGAGGGCAAGCGCGAGGGGGAGCUGGGCGAGGAGUACUUUCGGCGCAUAGAGGCCGUGGAGUUCACCAUCCGGCAGGACGACGGAGCCCUGCCGCGGAACCUGGGGCAGGCGGACAUCAUUCUCGUGGGCGUGUCCCGCACCGGCAAGACGCCCCUCUCCAUGCACCUCGCGCACAUGGGCUAUAAGGUGGCGAAUGUGCCGCUGGUGCCGGGGGUGGCGCCACCAGCGGAGCUGCUGCACGCGGACCACGUGGACCAGCGUCGCGUCUUCGCCCUCACCAUCGCCGCUCCCACUCUCGCCGCCAUCCGCCGCGCUCGCUACCAGCGCCUGGGCAUGCUGCCGCAGCAACCGCACCGCGGCGCAGGGAGGGGGGAGGUCCGCGUGGGGAAGUAG